AUGGUGUCUCGAAUGUCGGCAAGCCACCUCGAGGCGAGCUGGGAGCCCAACUUUCGACCAGCGCUACCCAGUCUGACGCUUUGCAUCGUAUGGCUCUUCUUGCUGUGCCUCACGCUGCCAUCCGCAUCGACCUCGAGUCGUUUGCUCCGACUAGCGUCUUUUCCACCUUUGGCAAUCAUCUCGGCACAUCUUGCGUUCGAUCGUACCUAUACCUGCGGAAAUCCGUUGCGGGACUUGCUUCUGCCAACGCUAACAUGGUCGAUCACGUGCAAAGCAGUCGAGAUCUGUCUCGUGUACUCAGCGGGUGGACCGAGACUCAUUCGGCCGUUUCUUCCCGACACCUCGGGACCGGUGGCCAAGAUGCAAGCAAGCAAGUACGAUCAGUAUCAAUGGCAGCCGGUCGACUUUCCGAAACCUUUAUCGUGGGGUCGAAUCGUGUACGGUCUUGACGUGCUGUUCCUGAGACGGCCAGGUACCAGUAUGAUCCUCCCAAAGCAAGGAAGGGCGUUAGAGUGGUCGAAAAGAGGCUUGAAUGAAUGGGCUUCCUAUCUCAAGAUCCACAAGUGUCAGCCCCACGAGAUCCCAGCUCACUCGCCUGUGCGCCGAUUCGGAGAGCGGGAGAUGCCGCUUCUGCCAGCAUUCUUGCAGAUAGCAUUUGUUUGGACCUCAUUCUCGUGGUGGUACGCCGUCGCUGCGCCAUCAUCCGAGGUCAUCUCGGUCUUGGGCUUCUACGUGCCGAUCGAUUCAUCAUCAAGUCGCAGCUUCUUGGACGCACUUUUGCCUGCAGUGGUCCCACGUCACCACCUUGUUCUUUUGGGCGCGCCAGCAUCGGCAUUCGCCCUACCUCUGCUGACUAGAUUUGCCAUGGUCAUCACAGUCGGCGGAGCAGUCUUUCUCGCCCCAGGAUUCUUGGAGAGCCUUAUGCUGUUGGUCUGGAAGCCGUUUCCUGCAACCUGCUUCCUUUCGGCUUUCGAACAGCCUUUGACUUCCCCUGGUCUGGGACGUUUCUGGGCACGCAGCUGGCACGCUACCUCUCAGCGUGACUAUCUCAACAUGGCAUCGAUGCUACCCUUUUCCAACCAUCCUGCUCUGCAGGUGCUUUAUGUGUUCUUCUGGUCCGGUGUGCAACACUCAUUGAUGUUCGCUCGACUUCGCACCGAUCCAUCAGCCCCAUUCAACCUCACCACUAUCCUCACCUACAUGCUCGACCCAGGCAUGAUGACUUUCUUCCUCAGUCAAGGCAUCGGCAUCUUGAUCGAGCGAGCUGUUCUCGAUGCUCUGCCGAUAUCGUGGAAGAAGCAGCGAAGCGUCGUUACGAUGGCACGGCGCAUCUGGAUGUUUUCGGUGCUGCUUGUGGCAGGCUGUGCGUUCUUGGAUAGCAUCUUGGAAAAGCAGCUGUUCACCAAGGACAUCUUGGACGGUUUCUCGCCAAGUGCGUUGGGGUUGAUGCUGGCUGGCAAGAAGUAUGACCUUUCGAGAAUGUGGAUCUCAACUCCAAUCCUCGCCCUCACGCAGCUCAUCACAACACUCCUCACACCCUCACCUCCACCAGCCCACCCUUCAUGGAGCGGCUCUCUGCCUCCCUUCCCCGAUACCUCGGGCUCGCUCGUCUCGGCCUGCACGUUUGCUGUCGGACCACCUGGACCACCUGCCUCCGCCCUCUGCCCCGCCUUUGAUGCGUUCUGCACCAAAUUCCGAGACGACAUCCGCUCUCACCACAUCCGCACCUUGAAAUCACACCCACCCCUCUCUCCCCGCAACGAUGACGACGACGAACACGACCCGCUCUCCACCGUCAAGUUCCGAACAGGCUGCACCGGUGGCUCAUCUACCUCCUCCGACGGAAGCUACAUCUCUGCCUACACAGCAACUUGCAUAGUGGACGGCGUAGACUGGGUUCCCUUCGUCUUCGACCAAUUCCUCAAAGCGGAAUUCAGUGAAAAAGGAAGUGAUCGUCUGCCUAUCUGGAGCAGUUUCGUCGGAUGUCAAGUUCCAGCUCGUCUAUAA